AUGAAGGCAAUCAUCUUCUUGUUGGCUCUCGCCUUUGCGGGAAGUGAACAUGUCAACAGAUAUAGUCCCAGCUUCUCUGUAAACAAGGUGCACGUUUACAAAUACGAUGGUGUGAUUCUGACUGGACUACCGGAGAAAGGCUUGAACAGAGCUGGUAUUAGAAUUAGCAGCAAAGUGAAAGUCAGCGGACUUGGGGCAAAUCAAUUCCUUCUUCAGCUUGAAAACCCUCAGCUUCAAGAGCUGAAUGGAAUUUGGCCCAAAGACCCGUUUUCAUCUCUCCGGCAGCUGACAAAUAAACUGGCCACACACCUGAUCACGCCUGUGAAGUUUGAGUACAGUAAUGGCCGAGUGGGAUCUAUCUCCGCUCCUGAAAAACUACCUGAAGAUAUCUUGAACAUUCACAGAGGAAUCCUGAACAUUUUGCAGAUCACCAUGAAAAAAUCCCAAAACUUCUAUGAUUUGCAAGAGGCUGGAAUUGAAGGAAUCUGCCAUGCAAGAUACAUAGUUCAAGAGGAUAGAAGAAAUGAACGUUUGAUUAUUUUAAAAGCAAAAGACCUCACCAACUGUCAAGAGAGGAUUUUAAAACAAACUGGAACAGUUUACACCCAGCUCUGCCCUUCCUGUCAACAGAGAGGCAAGAAUAUUCGUGCAUCUGCUGCUACCACCAUUGUCCUGAAACCUACACCUACAGGUGCAAUCAUUCACGAAGCCAGGUUACGAGAGUUUCAUCAAUUUACACCAUUCCAUGAACUUGAUGGGACUGUUCACGUAGAGGCCAGGCAAAGCCUUAUCUUGGAGAAGAUCAUAUCUCAAUCCAUGGAGCAAUUACCAGAAAUGCCAAAACGUGGAAGCUUACAAUAUCGCAGUGUGAACAAUGUUCUCCAGCAACCAUUCCAGCUGCUUAAGGAGACGAAUUUGAACAAACAGGUGAUAAGUAUCUUGACUCACAUGGCUCAGCACAACGUGCAGGAAGUUCAAACCGAUGCACCAAAUCGACUCAUUCAACUUGUCCAGUUACUCCGCUCAAUUCCAUACCGCAUCUUCGGAGAAAUUUGGCAAUCAAUUGAACAUCAGCCUGAACAAAGGCACUGGUUCCUCGAGGCACUUCCUGCUGUUGGAAGAAUUGAAUCUCUGAAAUUCCUAAAGAGCAGAAUUCAAGCAUCAGACAAUGUCAGAGCUGAACUAAUUCAGCUUCUCGUUCUCGCUAUGCACCAAAUCAGAACUGACCGAGAUGUUCUAAACUUAGCGAUGGAAAUCAUUAAGCUUCCACAAAUUACACAGCAUCGCCUUUCUCGCAAACUUGUACUCCUUGCCUAUGGUUCCAUGGUUUUCAGGCAAUGUGCAGAGAAAUCAACAUGCCCCAUUGAUUUAUUAAAACCUAUCCAUGAUUUGCUCAUUGAUGCCAGCAGUCGGCCACUUGAUGAGGACAUUGUUCUUGGCCUCAAGGCAAUCGGCAAUGCAGGGCAGCCAGAAAGCAUCAAGAACAUUGUGAAACUAUUACCUGGGCUUGGCACAGCGGCUACCAAUCUCCCACUGAAAGUCAGAGUUGACGCUAUCCUGGCUUUGCGCAACAUUGCAAGGAAAGACCCACGCUCUGUGCAACGUAUCGCUGUCCAGAUAUUCCUCAAUCGGAAGAAUGAUCCUGAAGAAAGAAUCAUGGCUUGUGCAGUACUCUUUAGCACCAAACCGCCUUUGACUUUAGCAUCCAUUGUGGCAAACUCACUGCUAAGUGAGACCAGUUUGCAGGUGGCAAGUUUUACCUACUCACACAUGAGAGCUCUGUCCAGAAGUUCCCUUCCAUCCAUCAAUUCACUGGCUGCUUCCUGCAAUCUAGUCUUGAAAGUCUUAAGUCCCAAACUCGAACAACUUGGUUCCCGAUUCAGCAAGGUCUACAGGGGUGACACAUUCAUGUACCGAAUGAUGGCAGGAGCAUCUGCUAAGGUUCUUUUGAUUAAGACUUCUGGUAGUGUCAUUCCUAAAGCACUCUUGGCCAAAGUCAGAGGUCAUGCUCUUGGAGCCUCAUCAGAUUUAAUCGAGGUUGGUUUACGAGCAGAAGGUCUCCAGGAGAUCAUGAUGAAAACUUCUACAAAAGAUCUCAGGAAAAUUGACAGCAGAAAUAUUCAUCGUAUCUUAAGCAAGUUCAUAACCUGGAAACAAUUACCAGAAGAGAAACCUCUGGCUUCAGCAUAUUUGAAACUGUUUGGUCAAGAAUUAGCUUUUGUACAGCUCAGAAAGGACAACAUUGAUGAACUUAAACAGAGUAUUUCUGAUCGAGCCUAUAAAUAUGCAAAAAAACUUAAAGAGGGGGUCAGCUUCAGGCCAGCCAAGGCUUUGUUAGCUGCUGAGAUGCGACAUGUGGUACCUACAGCUAUCGGUCUGCCAAUGGAACUGGGCAUCAUUUCAGCUGCUGUAGCAAUGUCCAAAGUUAAUGUCAAAUCUGAAAGCACAAUCGAAACCAUUCAACAACUGCUCUCUUCCAAAGUUCAACUGACUGCAGACCUCAACCCAAGUGUGUCUGUACAAACCAGAGUAUUCAUGGGAAUAAAUACGCCUCACAUCCAAUCAGGCAUUGAGCUCCGAGCAAAUGUCCGUUCAAUUAUUCCCGUGGCUAUAACUGCGAAGAUGAACUUAAAAGAUGGAAAUUUCAGGAUUGACAGUCUGCCAGCUGAAAAGGAGAACAGGGUUCUAUCUAUGACUUCUCAGGUUUAUGCUAUUUCAAGAAACAGUGAGAAUUUGCAGGCUGAGAAAAUUACCCCAGUUUUACCCGUGACACGAGUAAAUAAUAUUUCAAGACAAAAGUUUACAUCCUCAUUGUCCAUAUCUCAAUCAACAAGCAAAGCAGUUGUGUCACAUCUGUCUCCAGAAACACUGUCUGACCAAGUUCCAUGCUCUGAAGAGGAGCAGAGGUCACGUGUUGCAAAUCGCGCAUCCUAUCGCACGUGUGCAGAAGCAACUAAAUUUGGCCUCAAAGCUUGUGUGGCUGCAAGAAUGGAAAAUGCCCUUUCCAUCAAACAUAGCCCACUGUACCGGUUAAUUGGAGAGCAUAGUUUGAAUGUAUCAAUUGCACCAGCUAAUUCAGCAUCAGAUAUUGAAAAGAUUGUGUUGGAGAUACAAGCAGGAUCCAAAGCAUCUUCAAAAAUAAUUCGACUUUCCGACAAACAGUCAGUCCCAAGUAAAGACGACAGCAAUAGUCAAAAGCUAACACUGAUGAAACAGACUGAUCAGCAAAGAAUUAACAGCACUGCUUCGAGGUCAAGUUCCAGAAGCUCUUCCACAAUGUCAAGAAUGUCACAGUCUCGAAGCUCAUCAUCAUCAUCAACAUCAUCAUCAUCAAGCCAUGAAGGCAGACAUUCAGUGAAAAUCAGAAUUCCCGGAAAGAAGACCAUUAAAGUAACCAGCAUUCGCAGUAGCAGCAGCAGCAGCAGCAGCAGCAGCAGCAGCAGCAACAGGAACAAAAGGAACAAUAGGAAGAGCGCCAGCAUGACCGGUGGAACUAUCAGGAGGUCAUCCAGGAGCAAAUCCACCAGUAACAGUUGGACCGGGAGGCAGACCAGCAACUACCCCAGCUCUCUCAUUUCGUCACGGAGCAGACAUAUCCUGGACCUUGCAUUCAUGCCAGUUAAAACUAGUGAGUACACAGUCAGAAGUCGGACAUCACAACGCUCCUUCAUUUCAGCACCUAGCAGGAGCGAAAGCCGUGUGUCCAAGCGAAGACAUAGCUCAAGAAGGAGGUCAAGUAGUAGAAGUCACAGUGCAUCUGUCCUCGAAGAAUCUGCACAGCGCUAUUUGAUUAGCAAGCUGGGUGCUCCUUCCCUAGUAAUCCUGCUUCGAGCCAGAAGGUCUGAUAGCCGACAACAAGGUUACCAGCUCACGGGAUACGGGAAAAUGUCGUCACGCCUGCCUCGGGUGCACUUGCGUCUGGUGGAACUGAACGAAUCCAGUAACUGGAGAAUCUGCGCCGAUGCAGCGAUGCCCAGCUCCCAUAAAGUGCUGACAUCAGCAAGGUGGGGUGAAAACUGUGAGAGAUACAGAGUUUCUGUUAGAGUAUCCAAUGGUCGUCUUGCAAGUCAUCCAGCAGUUAAGGUCAAAAUGCAAUGGGGAAGGAUUCCUGACAAUCUGAAGAAUAGUGCAAGGAUGGUUGGUGACUAUCUCCCAGGACUGGCCUAUGCAUUAGGAUUCUCUCAAACCUACCAACGCAAUCCUUCUCGUCAGAUUACAACAUUGGUGGCCCUAACUUCUCCACAAUCGAUUGAUACAAUCAUCAGACUGCCCCGGAUGACAGCCUACUAUCAGGGUUUGCAGAUUCCUACAUCGUUGCCCAUGCAUGCAAUAAGUGUACGCGUUCAACAAAGAGGCUUCAGCGGUGUGACUGAAAUUCAGGACCUGCUUCUGAAAAUAGAUGAACAUGCAUGUAUCGCAGAAAACAAUACUGUUACAUCAUUUGAUGGGUUAGAAUUGAAGAAUCCAUUAUCUAACAGAUGUUACCACAUCCUGACCCAGGACUGUUCAGAAACUCCAAGCUUCAUAUUAUUGGUGAGACGAGCUAAAAUUGAUAAGCAACAGAAGGAAAUAAAAUUAGUGCUGGCUAGGAAAAACACGACCAUUGAAGCAAUCCCUGUGGAAAAUGGAAUAAAGUUGGUUAUCAAUGACAAUGUACAAGAACCUAAUCAGAAAAUUCAAGAACUGGCUGGCCUUGUAUCUAUUCAGCAGAAUGAUACUGGAAUUAUUUUGGAGGCACCUUCAAUCAAUAUUAAACAAUUAUACUUUGAUGGAAUUAGAGUGCAGAUUGUACUUGCACAGAUGUUAAAGCAGACAUGUGGUAUUUGUGGACGUAAUGAUGGUGAGAAAAAAAUGAUAAUGCCAAAUCAUGUAGAAGCUUCAACUGCCGAGCGCCUUUUCGAGUCAUGGACAUAUCCAGGACAAUCCUGCAGAGAUGAGUGCACAGUUAGAUCAGAAUUUGUGCAAUUAGGAAGAGUCACGGAAUUUGAAGGGGUGGAAUCCAGAUGUUACUCCGUCGAACCAGUCCAACGAUGCCUGGAAGGGUGUACACCACUUGAAACACGAUCUCAGAUUAUCAAUUUCCACUGUGUUCAAGCCAAUGUUACUAUACGUGAUGCUACGAUCUUCAGUCGGAAGCCUGCAGAUAUACGCAGUUCAGUGGAUUCCCCUAGUAACUGUAUGUGCAGAUGUUCUUAAGCAAUGAAAAACACACAGUGACCUUGGCUUUAAGGAGAAUACAGGAACUCUAUAUUCAUACAUGAAUUUAAAAUAAUUUGAAAAUUCUGGACUUUAGGGUUCACAAUGAGGUGAACUAAAAAUCCUGUAAGUGUAACAUUUUGCAAUAUUCUUUCAAAUACAUCAAUAAAGUUUUUAUUUCUCAGCAAGUGAAAACCAAGUUGUUUGUGAGUCAUUCUUUAGCUACGACUGAAUGAUUAUUGAAGAUGUUCUGCCAGUUACCCAGAAUUCAGUCUCCCUGAAUUCCCUUUUUUGUAUUUCCCAAACACUUUCUCAAGCCGUUCCUGGGGUAAACUUGACAACCUUCCCUUUCCUUGGCUUUAGUUUUAUGAAAAACUGUAAGUCUCCAAACAUCACCUCAUGGUUUCCAAGCUAAUGGGCAUUAUGAAUGGUGUCCUGGCCUCAGGUAUUGCCCUCCUUUUCAGAACAUGCUAAUCUCUUGUAUCUGUGGGAUUUGUUUUAGUGUUUUGGCUGAUGUAUUCUCCUCUAUUACAAUAUUGAGUAUGUUCGAACAAACAACAAUACAGCACAGCGACAGGCCCUUCAUUCCUCCAAGCCUGCACAGGCACAUUUUGCCCUUCCACCCUAAAACAAUCUUCACUUACAGGAUCUGUAUCCCUCAAUUCCCUUCCUAUUCAUGUAUUUGUCCAGGCGCUUAUUGAAUGGUGCUAUUGCAUCUGCUUCCACCACCUCCCCUGGCAAUGCGUUCCAGGCACUCACCACCCUUUGUGUGAAAGACUUACCUCGCAAAUUUCUGUUAAACUUCCCCCAUUGCACCUUGAACCUGUGUUGCCUAGUAAUUGACCCCUCCACUCCUAUAUGAAGUAUGGGAAAAGCUUCAUACUUUCACUCUAUCCAUGCCAAUCACAAUCUUAUAAAUUUCUAUCCAGUUGCCCUCAAG